AUGCCGCAGAGGAACGCUGUGUCUGGAAAUUUGAUGGUCCAAGCGUUUGCCCAGCUCGGGCAAAUCGAUCGCGCGAAAGAGGUGUUUGAUUCAAUGCCGGAGGCGAACUCUUGGUCGUGGGUCGGGCUCAUUCUUUGCUACGGCGCUGCCGGCCAAACCGAGCGAGCGCUGGAGGCUUUCAUAGCGAGCGUGGAUCGCAGCAUCGCGACCUGGACAGCGCUGCUCCAAUCGUAUGCCCGGAUUGGGCAUUUGGAGAGAUCAAAGGGGGUGUUUGGGCGGAUGCCGAAGCACAACCGUGUUGCCGCAAACUCGAUGCUCCAGGGAUUGAUUCGCAGCGGCCGGAUCGUGCAGGCCAAGGCCAUUUUCGACGAGAUGCCCGAGCGAGACGUGGCAUCGUGGACGAGCAUUGCCUUCGCAUUCGCCCAAGCCGGAGACCUGGAUCAAUCCGCGCGUCUCUUCCAUCGCUCGCCACAGCUCGACGUUGUGUCGUGCAACUCGAUCAUCUCGGCCUUUGGCGCCAGCGGCGAGCUCGAAUUCGCGAGAUGGGUCUUUGACUCCAUGCCCAACGCUGCCAGGAACACGAUCUCCUGGACGGCGAUGCUCCACGCCCACGCCCAGCGCUGCGAUCGCGAGGGGGUGAAGAGAUGCUUCGACGCAAUGCCCACGCACGAUCUCGUCUCGUGGGCCGCACUCCUGGGCUGCUACAUCCAUCUGGGCGAGCUCGAUCGAGCCAGGGACGCGCUCGCGAGGAUGCCCAAUUGGAGCGGCCUGGCGUGGAACUCGGUCCUCUCGGCAGCCGCGGAGAACAACCUGGUCGCCAUGGCGGAACCGCUCUUUCGGGAGAUCCCGGACAAGGAGGAUCCACUCGCGUGCGCCAUGAUGAUCGGCCUCUACGCCCAGAACGGGCGGAUCGACCGCGCCUGGGAGGCGUUCAUCGGCGUUCCCGAGCGGUCAAGGACGGUCGUGGCGUGGACCGGAAUGGUGGGCGGAUAUGCCCAGACCGGGCAUCCCGAGCGCGCGCUGGAGCUUUUCCGCGAGAUGGAGCUCUCGGGCGUCAUCCCCGACCGCGUCGCGAUGAUCACGGUGAUGGACGCCUGCAGCCACGCCGGGGAGCUCGAUCGAGGGGUCUGCUACUUCGUGUCGACGCAAGCGGACUAUGGGAUCGAGAGUUCGUGCGAUCACUGGUGCUGCGCGGUGGAUCUCCUGGGGCGCGCCGGGGAGAUCGAGCGAGCGGAGGAAUUGGUGGACGCGAUGCCAUUCGUGCCCGGCGGCGCGGUGUGGGGUUCGCUGCUCAAUGGGUGCCGGAUCCAGAGGGAUCUGGGGCGGGCGAUUCGAGCGGCGGAGCAGCUUGUGCUCGAUCUGGAGCCAGGGAACUCGGGACCAAUUCUGGCGCUUGCGAGCAUCUACUGUGGAUUGGAUUGGAAUGUAGGCGCUCAAACGAAAGAGAGAGAGCUUUCCAAGCAAGAAAAACACAAACGCACGCAAAACAACUGA